AGGUACCCGGAACUGCCUCUGUACAGGGCGACAUAUUGAGAAUAGACUCGUGCUGGAAAGCACCUCGAUCAAAGAUCGUUUUAGACGCAUAAGACGUAGAGUUUGUGAACUUACUUUAAGUUAUUUGGUUUCUUCUUAUUCUUCUUAUUCUGUUCCGGGCUCUUAAGUCCACUGCAAACUUACUGAGUACGUUUUUCCUUUUCAAAGUCAGACGCUCAGUACAAACAGGGUUUGCUUUUGGUUCUUUGGAUGGAGUACAUGGACAGUGGACUGAGGUAUACUCCCAGAAAGGAUGCAGGAUGGGAAACUACAGAUCAGUUCUUGCCAGUAUCUGAUCACAAAAAACUGGAAAAGAAGAAGGGUCCAGGAAAAGUGGGGGCUGUGAUCGGCGUGGUUAUCUUUGCAGCAGUCAUAGCUCUUAUGGCCGGUCUGCUGGUCUGGCACUUUCACUUUCGGAAAGACAUCAGAGUUAAGAGAAUGUACACCGGCUCCUUGAAAAUCACCAACCAGGUGUUUGAAGAUGCUUAUGAGAACUCCACCACUCCUGAAUUCAAAGCCUUGGCCAAACAGGUCACCAUGCAGCUGAAAUCGAUCUACGCCAAAGUCCCACAACUUUCCAAAUACCAUGUUGGGUCUACAGUUCAAGCAUUCAGUGAAGGCAGUGUGGUCGCCUACUAUUUAUCUGAAUUCAGCGUGCCUGCGGGUCAAGAGGCCGCUGUUGACAGUGCAAUGACUUCAAUCAACCAGCAGGUGGAAAAAGAGCGCAGUUCUUAUAACAGGCCAGGCAACUCUCUGAUGCUCGAUGAUGUGGUGUCCUCAGCACUUGAUGCCCGCAUGCUUUCAACAUCAUUCCAACAAUUCCUGAAGUAUUCCGAACAUGCAAGGACCAACUACAUUGGGAAGAUCGAGUCUCCUGGUUUUCCCAACAGGCCCUACCCUCCAAACACAUUUAUCCAGUGGCAGCUGAGAGCCGAUCCCGGAUAUCUUGUCCAGCUAGAUUUCGACACCUUGAAUCUGGAGGAAAACUGCAAAAACGACUUUGUGAAAAUCUAUGACUCUCUUAUAGCUAUUGAGAGCAGAGUUCUGGAAGAGUUGUGUGGUUAUUAUUCUCCAAGUGAACCAAUGACUUUCCUCUCUUCUGGUAAUGUCAUGUUAGUGACUAUGGCAACAAAUGAUAGAGGAAACUAUCCCGGAUUUAGAGCUCAAGUCUCUCAAGUCAGGCGUGGCAGCAAAGGAACAACAUGUGGAGGUCAACUCACAGGUCAAAAGGGUUCUUUUACUUCUCCAAAUUUCCCCAACUAUUAUCCUCCUGACACAUUGUGUCAAUGGACAAUUACGGUCCCUGAAGGGAAAGCUGUAAAGGUGACGUUCAACAAAUUUCUUUUGGGAGAGCCUGGACAGGAAAGUAGCAAGACCUGUCGGAAAGAUUAUGUAGAUAUUGAUGGGAAAAAAGUGUGUGGAGAAAAGCCAAUGAAAACGGUAACACAAACCAGCAAAAGCAACAAAAUGACGAUCACCUUUUACUCUGAUAAAUCCUAUGUGGACCGAGGUUUUGAUGCACAGUAUGAGGCCGUUGACAUGAAUGAUCCUUGUCCAAAACAGUUCCAGUGCAGAAACCAGCGUUGCAUCAAGUCUGAGCUCAAGUGUGACGGAUGGAAUGACUGUGGAGACAUGAGUGACGAGCUUCAGUGCACUUGUAAAGCAAAAGACAUCAGCUGCAAAAAUGGAUUUUGUAAACCACCAUUCUGGAAAUGUGAUGGCAUAGAUGAUUGUGGAGAUGGCACUGAUGAACUUAACUGUGGUGGAUGCCCCUCUGGACACAUCACAUGUGAGAACAAAAAGUGCAUUUCUGAAAAGCAUCGCUGUGAUGGGAGAGACGACUGUGGUGACGGCACAGAUGAGCUUCAGUGUAAUAGAGACUCAGAAGUCACCUGUACAGAAACUACCUAUAAAUGUAAAAACAACAAAUGCAUCUCUAAAGUUAACCCCGAAUGUGAUGGGGAGAAGGAUUGUGAAGAUGGCUCUGAUGAGGAAAACUGUGAUUGUGGUCAGAUUUCUUUUAAGACUUCUCGCGUUGUGGGCGGUCAGGAUGCGGGAGAGGGAGAGUUUCCAUGGCAAGUCAGUUUACAUGUCAAGGACUAUGGCCAUGUGUGUGGAGCGUCCAUCAUUCAUCCCCGCUGGUUGGUUACUGCUGCCCACUGUGUGCAAGAUGACGGCAAGACAAGAUUUUCUCAGCCUGGCACUUGGGAAGCAUACUUUGGCCUCCAUACCCAAAGAAAAAUUGGUACUAUGGUAGUAAAGAAGGCACUGAAGCAGAUUAUCCCCCACCCAUACUAUAACCACUACACCUUUGAUAACGAUAUUGCACUGAUGGAGCUGGACAGUCCUCUCACGUUCUCGGACUACAUUAAACCCAUCUGCUUGCCUUCUCCACAACAUGUCUUUCCCAUUAGCAGCACCGUGUGGAUCACUGGAUGGGGCGCUACUCGAGAAGGAGGAUUUGCUGCUUCUGUCCUGCAAAAGGCCCAGGUGAGAAUGAUCAACCAUGAUGUGUGUAAUGACCUGAUGUCAGGACAGCUCACAUCUCGAAUGCUGUGUGCUGGAGUACUCUCUGGAGGAGUUGAUGCUUGCCAGGGAGACUCUGGCGGUCCUUUGAACUUUCCAGAAGGGAGUCGAAUGUUCCUGGCAGGAGUGGUCAGCUGGGGUGACGGCUGUGCCCGAAGAAAUAAACCUGGCAUUUACACAACAGUCACCAAGUUUAGAGGAUGGAUAAAAGAAAAAACAGGCGCGUAGAGCGCCUUACAUUCAUAGACUUAAACACCACACCGAUACAGGUUAACAACAAAACUGGCUUAAUGGCUGGAUUCCCACCUAUACUGCAUUGGAAAAAGUGUCCACUGCGAUUUAGUAAGCUAUGGUUUGUGAAAUGUAAAUAUUUGUUUUGUGUGUUAUUUUUAAAUGUUUGUUGCUGUUACUGUUCUUAUUUUGUGAUGGAGCCGGAUUUUAUUUGUCAAGCUCACCACAUACCAUUUACUUGUAAUUGUAUUUUUUUACUUUGUGAUCGUGAAAUAAUCACAUUGAUGUAGAUAUAUAAUACAUGUACUGAACUGAUUAGACAGACCACAAACUGAGGACAAUUUAAUGACUUUGUACAUUAUCAUUUCAUUGCUGAUGAUGGGGAUUUAGUAAUGUUUUAAUGCAAUUUUAACAAAUGUAGCUAAUCUGACUUCAAACACAAACCCCAUUUUACAUCUAAUUUAGUUUUUUGGUUUUUUUUAAUUUGUUGUUGCCAUUAGCUCAACUCUGUCAUGCAAUAUGUCAAGCAUACUGUUUAAUCUGUGAAUAUGUUUUAUAGUAAAUGUUUUUAAAUAACUACAUUUUUUUGUAUGUUUUCUUCAUACCCCUUUCAUAUGACUUGCUUAUCUAUAUGUAUUAUUGUAUGCUAAUCUAUCUUUUUAGUAUCUGUACUGUACCUUUUUAACCAAUUUCAUGAUAUAUCCAUUAGUUUAACUCUGAUUAAACUCUUAUUGGUGGUUUUC